AUGGCGGCAUCACUGUUCACCUUCUCCUCCACUUCAAGAAGAGUCGUCCCAGCUCCAAACUCUCCUCCUCUUCCCAUAUACAUCAAAGCCACAAACGUCGUUUUCAACCCUGAUAUUCCAGAUGUUCAUCGAGAGUUCUUUCCGGAACAAGUAUGUGAGUUCUACUACAUUGCAACGAUUAAUGAUGAAAACAACGUCAUCUCCGAGACUAUUGGCCGUGGCAAACACUCAGUUUUUAUCACCGCUGACCUCCUCAGUGUUAUGCUCAGGUUACCAAUCUUUGAACCAUUCUCUGAGCUUCCACCUAUUGAACGCUAUCGACGCGUCUUUGAUCAACUAGGAUAUGAUCACUCAAAAGUUGGUACUUGA